AAAAUUGAAAAACUUCAUCCCCCUUGUACUAUUUCAGUUUUUCUCUUAAGAAAAAUUUUAAUUUUUUAAGAAAAAAAUAAUUUCGAAUUGAAAUUAAAGUUGAAAUAAUGAAAGUAUAGAUUUUUUAAAAUGUGAAUAUUUGAAAUUUUAUUGUGAAUAUGCUCGUACUAUUGGUGACUCGUUUGGAAUAAAUGUAUGACUGAUACAAAAUCGUUCACGUUCAUAUUUGCAUAGAAAAUUGAACAAUUAUAAUGAGAUAUACUUAUCAAUAAGACAAGUGUGAAUAUUUUAACACAAAAAUAAAAAAAAAAGUUUCGUAAUAUUUCGUGAGUACAAGUAGAAAGUGCAUAAAAAUAUACAAAAGCAAGAACAUUACAACUGACUGAAACAACAAAACUAAAAGGAAUUAAAAACAUUCAAUUUGAAAACUAAGAAAUGCCGACAACAACGAUGGCUGUUUCAAGUCCACAAAAUUCUACAUCGAGUAUUAAUACUCAAGUAAUUGGUGAUGCGGCAGAAAAGACUGACGAUGAUACCAGUGACAUUUUGAAAGCAGCUGUUAAUAACAACAAUAAUAAUACUAAUAACAAUUUAAAAAAUGGUGCAAUUUCAAGCUUAUUAACGGGCGAUAAUUGUUCACAAAAAAUCACAUUACAUUCACCAAUAUCUAUAAGAACCAAUGUCACAAAUGAUAUCGAAUUGAAUAUUACAUCUACCGAUGUAAAUUGUUUGAAUGUUGUCACAUCAUCACCCAACUCGGCCACUAAUUUCUUAAAUAAUGCUAACAGUCAUCCAAUGCUAAUGGAGCAAAACAGUGGAAUGAAUUUUCCUUGCUCGUCGGAAAAUUCAUCGCUGGUUAUUAAUGAUUGGUCUAUAGGUGAAGACAACUGUAGCACUAACAAUGCUUUUGCAAAUUAUUCAUCUCAUAAUAAUGGACAAAUUUUAAAACGUUCAAUUGUAAAUCCACAAAUGCAUCAUGGAUUGUCACCAAAUAAUAGUAACGUAACUCGUAAUAAUAUUCAACAUCAGCAACAACAACAACAACAACAACAACAUCAAUAUAUUCACAGUAAUAAGAACAACAGUAACAGUGGAAAUAAUUUUCCUCAAUGGUCCAAUAAUUCUGCAUCAAACUCUUCUUGGCAACAUCAAAUUCCUUUACUGCAACCCAACUCGACAUCGCAAGGACCGUUGAAUCCUGUUUGGAAUCGAGGAAGAUCAGGAGGAAAUUCUCUCUCAAAUCAUGGUCUAAAUCACCAUCAACAGCAGCAACAGUUAUAUCAACGUAAACAUUUUCCAGUUUCAUCGGUUGCUUCCAAUUCUCAACAACAAUCUCAAGGAGGUUUGUCUCCGAAUUUAAAUAGUUCUCCUUCAAAAUAUCGCCGCAGUACUUCAUAUCCCAAUAAAAAUCAAAUGCAUGGAUUCAAUAUGGAUGUUGGAGGCAUGACUGAAGAUCAGCCUUAUAUAAACUACAAUGAUCGAAAUAAUAUGGACAUGCGAUCAUUGGAACAUUGCUUGAAUGAUAUAGCAAAUACAUCGAAUGUUCAAUCAGAUAUGAAAGGAUUUCUCAAUUCGACUCCAACUUUACAAUCUUUAGCUCAAUUACAAGGUAAAUUAGAUUUCCAUGAGUUCAUACCUGGAAAACCAUUUUAUCAGUGCGAUGAUACAACAGAAACAAAUUGCGAAAGUGGUGGAAAUUUCUUGGAAAAUAGCUUACAAAUUGGAUCUCCAGCACGUUCAUCUCCAUCACAAGGAUCUGACAAUGGCGAAAGAUUUUCGAGGAAAGUGUUUGUAGGAGGAUUGCCUCCAGAUAUUGAUGAAGAUGAAAUUACAUCGUCUUUCCGACGAUACGGACCAUUGGUUGUUGACUGGCCACAUAAGGCAGAAUCGAAAUCGUAUUUUCCACCUAAAGGAUAUGCAUUCUUACUAUUUCAAGAUGAAAGCUCAGUUCAGACAUUAAUUGAAAACUGUAUUGUUGAGGAAGACAAAUUGUAUAUUUGUGUCUCAUCACCUACUAUUAAGAAUAAACCUGUUCAAAUUCGUCCAUGGCGUUUAUCUGAUGCAGAUUUUGUUUUGAAUGGAUCAAUGCCAUUAGAUCCACGAAAAACAGUUUUUGUUGGAGGCGUUCCACGUCCUUUGAAAGCGUUGGAAUUAGCAAUGAUCAUGGAUCGUUUAUAUGGUGGAGUUUGUUAUGCUGGAAUUGAUACUGAUCCAGAGCUAAAAUAUCCAAAGGUAAUUGUAGCUAGGCCUUUAAUCUUUAUUACCUUCACUAAAACUGUUUACUCAAUCAACAUGGUUUUAGGGAGCUGGUCGCGUUGCCUUUUCUAAUCAACAGAGCUAUAUUGCUGCCAUUUCUGCUCGUUUCGUUCAAUUACAACACAAUGAUAUUGACAAGCGUGUUGAAGUUAAGCCGUACGUUCUCGAUGAUCAAAUGUGUGAUGAAUGUCAAGGUCAAAGAUGUAGUGGAAAAUUUGCACCGUUCUUUUGCGCAAAUGUAACAUGUUUACAGUAUUAUUGUGAACAUUGUUGGGCAACGAUUCAUGCAAGACCUGGACGAGAAUAUCAUAAGCCAUUGGUAAAAGAAGGAGCUGAUCGCCCUCGUGCCGUUCCAUUUCGUUGGUGUUAAUAUCCGAAAUAAUCUCUCAAUAAGUAAACCCAAUAUCUAGUCCUUCAAUUUGGACUGUCGCAAUGAUGGUAAACUACAAAUGAUACAAACAAACAAGAAAAUUAGUUAAUUUUAUUUAUUUCAAACAUUUUUGCACUUAGUCAAAAAUAUUUUAGAUGAAAUCUUCAAAAAAAAAUAUUUAAAAAAAUCAUAUGAUGAAAAGAAUGGAUUAGUAACGUUGUAAUUCUUUUAUGUAGAACUCGAAUAUGUAUGGUCGAUUUAAAAACCAAAAAAAAAGGAUAGAAACUCUUUAUUAAUUUUACUGUUUGUUUAAUCCAAUCACGUCUUUUUUAGUUGAGUUUUUUUGUAUUUUUGUUUAUAUAUUUUUUGUAUAUUUAACUUAGAA